GGAAGAUUGGUGGGUUCAAGUAUCAAAGCACGUAGUUGAUAUAUCUAAAGUAAUCCUUGACCACAAUCAAUGUCUUUUUUCCACCUUGCUUUCAACUCUGAUAUUCUUAUUAUGAAUUCAUAGUUCUUUUAACAGCCCUAGCUUUUUGUGCCUGUCCUACUUCCUUUUUUGCCCAAUUUUCAGAAUGGGCAAACUUAAAAGCAAGGCUUACUGAGACCUCAUAAAGGAAUCUUCCUUUACCCAUUCAAAUGACCAAACCAUGGCAUCUCUAGGUCAAUUCGUAUAGCAAACCAGAAGACAAUUGAAUUUCUUACUACAAUUAUUAUCGUUGCGAUUAUUUCCAAAACAAGAACAUCAGAAUUAGCAACAAAUGAAUAUCCAAUGCAGUACAACAAGAACAUAAAGACUAAAUGAAUGAAGAUAAACCCUUUAUUUUUCCCAAAGAUUUAAAGUAUGCAAAGUGAAUCCAUUUGUUUUUAUUUCUGGAAAAAAAAAGGAAAAUUGAGCUGAUAGAUUACUUAUUACAUGCUCAAGUCAAAAUUCUUAAUUUUCACUCAUCUCUGUUGACAUUUUGAAUGCGCCUUUGACUGAUCUUGGGAAACCUCUGUUGUCCAUUUGAUUCUUAAAAACAAGUCGGGAAACUUCAAAAAGAUUUGUGAAGUCUUAUUCUUGGGGCAUCCACUAGACGUUUAGAAAAUUAAUACUUUAGCCCACCUCAUAUGCACAUUAUUUAUGCUAGUCACUUUAUUGUUGCAUAUUAGUAGAAAAAUAUUUGUCGUGAUGCACACUAACAAUGUGAUCUAUUGCUCAUUUUCAGGUGGUCUGCCUAAGAUGGAUGCCUUUUUAAGGCAGUUUUCUAGUCGCAUUUUCACAGCAAAGAAGAAAGCUGUGGAAACUGACUAUUGCAUCUACACUAACCCUUGGCUACUGCUCUUCCUAGCAUUAAUUCCAUUGUCAGCAUUGCCAGGGAUCUGGUUGGGUCUAUUCUUGGCUUGCGGUUGGGGCCGCAAGCCAAUUUUGGUACUUGGAUCUGGCUUUUGUAUUGUGGGAGCCUGCAUAUCCACGUGGUUCCCUUCGACUGGCCUUGCAGCUACUAGCAUGAUAUGCCUAGGAUUAGGAGUUGGUGUCAUGCUCCAGGUUAUACCCAUGGUUUACUUAGAGAUUGCACCACCAGUCUCCAAAGGUUGGAUUGACCUGCUAUUUCAGUACAUGAUGUCAUUAGGUAGUGUACUGGCAUGGUUGGUCAAUUACACUGCCUCUUAUUUCCCCAAUUGGGGUUGGAGACUAUCUUAUGGCAUGCUGAUCCCGCUAGCUUUUGCUCUACUGCUGGUAUCAUGCUAUACCAAGGAGACUCCAAAGUGGCUCUUCCAACAUGGAAGCUGGAUGAGAGCCACCAGAGAGCUUAGUAGGCUAAGGAGAUCUGAUAACGCAGUCGAGAUAGAGCUUGCUAUAAUGGCAAAGGAUGGCCAUCAGGAUACAGAACAAUUGAGGGAUGUCACUCACCAUCAGAGUCGUCCUGUGUUGGUCAUUUGUUCAGUUGCACAGCUUCUUCAGCAGCUUGUUGGGACGAGUUCAUUGAUUUUCUUUGGUUCAAUGCUCCUAGAGUCGCUAGGUUACACAUCGCACCAGGUCUUUCUAGGACCUCUUUGUGCCAGCAUAUUCAUCAUUCUUGCAUUUGGUGCGUCUACCUACUUCCUGAAUCGAGUUGGACGCAGGAUUCCCCUGAUCUUAUCAUGCAUCAUGAUAUCUACUACACAGUUCUGCAUCUGGCUUGUUUUCUACUUAGAUGGGAAUAUUAAUUACCAUUUAAGUAAGCCUGAUUCAAUCCUUUUCUUGUUUAUGGUAGCUGUUAGUGUCCUCUGCUAUGGCAUCAUCUCAGCCCCUCAUGGUUGGAUUGAUGACGACUACCAUGGUGAGGGCAAGGCCUUAGGGAAAGCCUGUGAGAGUAGUGUUUAUGUAGCAACGGUUGUGGUGAUGAGCCAGAUCACAUUACGAUUGUUUUGUGGAUUGGCCAUUUGGGUUUUUAUUUUUAUGUCUAUCAUUGCUUUAUCUAAAGGAGUCAUCAUCUUCUACUUUGUACCAGAGACCACAGGCAUCCCGGUAGACGAGAUUGCUGACAGGAUUUGGAGCCAGCAUUGGUUUUGGAGAAGAUUCUUUGUUUAGGAGUGAUUGUGAUCUUACUGAUCAAAUGUUAUGUAGUUUCUGUUCAUCAAAAUUAAACAAUUACAUAGCACUUGUUGUCUACGACAUUCAAGGAUUUUGCAUAUCGAUUUCAUUUAAUUUGCAGGUUGAAAAAUCAGUAUCAAACUAUCGCUUGAAAAAAGAAGAAGAAAUCACUAGAUAAUACAAAUUGAAAUCAAUAUAAAGAGAUAGGAUUUAGACAUCCCUAUUAAUUCCUUCAAAAUUUUGAUACCAAACCAAUUAAAUCAUCAAACACUUAAUGCUAAUAUUAGACACUCGAGUCUUCAGCACACAAACCUACAGUUGGCCUCAGAAGGUAUUCCAGCAUAGCAUAAGGUGAAAAUUCCUGCUCUUAGUUUCAAACUUUAAUUCAAGAACAAAACUGAAUGAAAAUGAGCAGUAAAAUCGUCGUUCUUCAUCCAAGCAAGAGUGAUAUCUUCACUAGCCAGAUAACCGGAUAAAAAAAAAAACUUUGGAAUACC